AUGCAGUACGUUCGCAGCAUCAGUGGUUCAGUCUCGAAGACAUGGAAUUCGAUCAACCCAGCCACCCUUAGCGGUGCCAUUGAUGUUAUAGUCGUCGAGCAGGAAGAUGGGUCGCUGGCAUGCUCUCCGUUCCAUGUGCGGUUCGGGAAGUUCUCCCUCCUGCGACCAUACGAGAAGAAGGUGGAAUUCCGGGUCAAUGAUCAGAAACAAGACUAUGCUAUGAAGCUCGGGGAGGGCGGCGAGGCUUUCUUUGUCUUCGAGACCAGCGAUAAUAUUCCAGAGGCUAUGCAAACAUCCCCUCUGGUGUCUCCAGCUUCUAGCCCUCCCUUGCCAGCUGAAGGAUCGAAUCUGUCGAAUCUGUCCGAACCGGAUUACCUCGAUUUAGACACCGUCAGUGGGAAGUCAAGAUCUGGUAGUGUCACCAAACCUGGGGCUGGCGUGCUCUCAACCUCAGCUCCCAGGCGGCCGAGCAAUCUGAGUACUCUAACUCCACUUUCUGCUUCUCCAGAGUUCACCGUAGGACGACCAGUCUCAGGAGACUGGGCUGGCCUCGCAGCUAGACGCACCAAUACCGACGAACUCCUCCCCCCGUCCGCACGAAUCAGCGACGGUACUGAACGAGAACGACAAACACGUUCUCUAACACCCACAUUUCUACCACAAGAUGCCCGAUCUGAAGACUUCACAGACAGAUCUCAUAGCCCUCCACCAUUGCCUACGAGAGAGGCUAUCGAGCGAGCAGUUGCGCUGUCCAACCGACUUUCUGCCUCGAAUAUUCCCAGCCAGGUCACAGAUACAGGAGAUUUAAUGCUAGAUAUGACUGGAUACAAGAGUAGCGAUGAUGAUGCAUUGAGAGCUGAGGUUAUUGCCAGGAAGAUACUAUCAGAAGAGUUGGAAGGCAAUUAUGAUAUUGGAGCUCUCAUUGGUGCCGACGAGAAUGGAAAUCUCUGGAUCUACAGUAGCGAGGAAGCAAAAGAGGCAGCCAGUCAGCGAGCAGCUCUGGCAGGAAUCCCAGGCCAUGCCAUCCUGAGCAGCGAUGCUGCUUCAGACCCAGGCUACCACAGCGAGUCCGAGAGCGAGUCAAACACCCCUAUUAUUCCCACCCAUCGUCGAACAGAGUCCGAUUCAGGACCUCUGGGCCUCGAAACUCCACCGAAGACUCCUCCUGAGACCGCCGGAGAUCCGAAUCGCAACUAUGCCAAGACUCUACGCCUGACGAGUGACCAGCUCAAAGCUCUUGGUCUGAAGCCUGGACCAAAUCCUAUGAGCUUUACUGUCAAUAGAGCGACAUGCCAAGCUUACAUGUAUCUUUGGCGUUACGAUGUCCCAACUGUUAUCUCUGAUAUUGAUGGGACCAUCACGAAGUCGGAUGCCCUUGGCCAUGUGCUCAACAUGAUCGGACGCGACUGGACACACAUUGGGGUUGCCAAGCUUUACACGGAAAUUGUUAACAACGGGUAUAACAUUAUGUACUUAACUUCCCGGUCUGUUGGACAAGCGGACAACACACGAGCGUAUCUCAAUGGUGUGGUGCAGGAGGGCUAUCGCAUACCCAGGGGGCCCACAAUCUUGAGUCCUGAUCGAACACUUGCUGCUCUGAGAAGAGAAAUAUACAUCCGCAAGCCGGAAGUGUUCAAGAUGGCUUGUCUACGAGAUAUCAAGAGUCUAUUUGGACCCAGCCGGACGCCGUUCUACGCCGGCUUCGGCAACAGGCUCACAGAUGCACUAUCGUACCGUUCUGUCAGCAUACCCAGCAACCGCAUCUUCACAAUCAACAGUUAUGCUGAAGUGUCCCUGGAUCUGCUUAGCCUAAACAAACUGAAAUACAGCUACGUCAAUAUGCGCGAAGUUGUGGACCAUUACUUCCCACCUGUUAAUACACUCGUCAAGAGCGGUGGUGAAGAGUAUACUGAUUUCACAUAUUGGCGAGAGCCAGUUCUCGAGAUUGAGGACUUCAGUGACUCGGAAAGCGAUGAGAAAGAAGCGGAGGAAGACAACGGCAGUGAAGAUGAGGAUGAGGAUGAGGAUGUGAAUGAUGAUCUGGGAGAUUCUUACAUUAGCCGCGAUUCGAUUGACGAAGAUAAUGACUUAGAUGAGAGCAUUUUGUCUGGAUCGAUAGAUGAGGAUGAAAAUAUGACGAGCUCGAUGUUAGAAGCGGAAGAAGAGGAAACUGAAGACGAGGAUUCCGGUUUGACGCCUGGGGCUGAUGGGGCCGACCAGUUCUACGAGGAGGAUGACACGCAAGUCGCCGAUCUUGGAGCGCUGAAACCUGCUGCGAGCGAAGAGAGGCAAGCCGAUUGGGCUGCUGAGUCCAUCACCGGGGUCGAAGGGCUCAGUCUUGAGCGGGAGGAAUCAGAUGAUAAAAAAGUUUGA